AGCCAUGGCAAACCCAGAGAAAAGUCCUGACCCCGUGUCAGGGGGCCCCGGCUCAGUAUCCCCCCACCGCCAUUGCCCCCACACCGUGCAGUGACAGCGGUGCUGCAGCAAUGCCCUGCCUGCUGCCCGGGGAAAAUGUCACUGCGGGAGCCUCUGCACGGCCAGGCCAUGGGCAAUUCUGGACGUGGAGGUAGCUCGCUGUGCUCCUUGACACGGGGGCGAGGCAAAGAAACUUCCAAAAUUCCUUACAGAUGCCAAUUUUACCCCAAACGUAGAAUAUAAUGUGGCAGGUGAAGUCUGAGCCUCAGAGAUGGGUCACCUGGGAUGUCAGCAUGCAAUGAUAUGGAUGGACUUGCUGUACAUGAUCUUAAAGAUCCCUUCCAGCCUUGAUUCUGAUCCUCUGCUGUGACUAUUAGCUGUGAUAAGUGUAAUGGCUCAAAGGAAGGCAAGGAAGCUGGGAGCCAGUUGGUGGAAUCAAAGGGAGAGGAAUUCACUCAGUGUUCCUGAAGGCCUGCUACAGGAUUCUUUUGCACAUGGGUGUAACUACUCUGAAAGAAACUGAUUCCAUUCGAGGUCCUUUCAGAUGACACUUGUGAGAUCUGAAAACUGCACUGCAUUAAAGGUGACAAUCACCAGCCAAGUAGAAGAUUGUCACCAUGAGUUUUGUUGAAUAUGGAGAUACGAUAAAGGAUGGUGACACGGCUAUUGUGUUCCUGGGCCACGAGUCCAUGUUUCCUGUGAAAGUGCAGCACGGCUCUGUAACACAGACUAAGUACGGGGUCAUCAGGCAUUCCACAGACCUCAUAGGCAAGAAGUAUGGCUCCAAAGUGACCUGCAGUAAAGGAGGAUGGGUGUUCAUUCUUCAUCCAACUCCAGAACUGUGGACCAUGAAUCUCCCACACAGGACACAAAUUCUGUAUUCCACUGACAUCUCCAUAAUCACCAUGAUGUUGGAACUGAAGCCAGGCUCCAUAGUAUGUGAAUCAGGUACAGGCAGUGGGUCCCUCUCCCAUGCUCUCAUCCGGACGGUGGCUCCCACCGGGCACCUGUACACAGUGGAGUUCCACCAGCAAAGGGCUGAGAAGGCGCGGGAGGAGUUUCGGGAGCACGGGGUGGAGCACCUGGUCACUGUGACCAACCAGGAUGUCUGCAAAAACGGCUUUGGGGUUUCAAACAUUGCAGAUGCUGUGUUCCUAGAUAUUCCAUCUCCAUGGGAAGCCAUAGGACAUGCCAAGUCAGCAUUAAAAGCUGAAGGUGGCCGCAUCUGCUCUUUCUCCCCCUGCAUUGAACAAGUUCAAAGAACCUGCCUAGCAAUGGAAGAAUAUGGUUUUACAGAGAUUAACACCUUGGAAAUUCUGCUCCGAGUGUACAAUGUAAGGACAGUUAGCUUGCAAAUCCCUGACCUUGGAAAAGCAGCUGAGGAUAAUUCUAGCACUGGCUUUGACAGCAGCAACCCAUCACAUCAAGACAGCCCGUGUGCUAAUCUGCAGCAAGGGACUGUGCAGUUCAAGAGUGGCGUGCCACUGAGGGAGGUGGUUGGGCACACGGGGUACCUGACCUUUGCCACCAAGAGCCUGGUGUAGUACCUGCCCAGUUUGUGCAAUCUGGAGUGGAGUUGGUGUGUAUUCUGUUUUCAUGGCUCUUUUUUGUAUGGCAUCCAAAGUUUUACUUGUCAGGGAAUUCCAUAUAUAGUCAGAUUUGGUUGGAAUAUGCUUUGUUUAAAUAGCACACCAGCAUUAAGCAGAGCAGCAUCAAGGGAAUGUUGAAACUCUGGAAUGGUGCUCCACUUGCUGUCAGAAAGAAGAUAAAUUAAUAGCAAAUGGCCAUUCACUGGAAUGUGCAGAAUUAAGAUCUCUCACAAGAAAGCAAAAACAAACAACAGACAAAUUACAAAUAAGUUGGAUUUUUUCCUCCUUUUUUCCUGAAUUACUUUCCCAGGUUUAUGUUUUUAUUUUUUUCUUAGCACCACUGGACACUAUUUUUUUAACUUCUCUAGUGUCUGUGUUGCUCUGAAGAAUGUGCAAGUGCCUACUUCCUCCAUUUUAGAUAAGAAAGUUCCAAGAUUAUAGAGUUGCCAGCAUAACUGUUCACAGAAUCAGUGUUUCUGUGGAAUAGUGUUCCGGAGGAUUAUUGGCAACACUCAGGAACACAACCUCUUACUCCAUUCCAGGCUGGCAUCUGCAAAUUAUUUUGACUACACAGAGGUCAAAGAAGUGUGGUAAUUGUUGGAUUUAAUUUAAAUUGGUAUAUUGUGCUCAUCAAUUUGUAGUAGAAAUUUGAACCUGGAUCCAUACAGUCAUGUUCAAAUAGAACAACCACUUGAAUAGUUAAUGAAUCCACUGUGAAAAUUAACUGAACAGCUGGCUAAUAUUAUCUGAGCACCUCUUUGUAAGUGGUGUGGAUGAGGUUCCAGUUGUUUGGUGAUUUAUUUCCAUUAUGGUGUAUUGUCUUUAUGCAGCUGAAUGACAGAAAGAUUGCUUUUGGCUGGAUUUCUGUCUCCAAAUUACAUCAAUAAUGCACACUUAGUAAAAUUCUCAACCAGCCUUAUUAAUUAAGUUUUCAGAUCAUUUACUCUUUGGUCUUCCAUACAGAGCUGGUGGGUGUGAUGAACUGUUUGAAUGCUGGAUUACAUUUUGUAUUUAUAGAUUAAAAUAAUAAUGCAAAUUUAUUAAGUUCCCUCUUUUUUUUUUCUUAUUUUAUUUUUAACAGUAAAUUCACAAAUAUUCCUAUUCCAGCAACAGGUGCAUUUAGCAUUUAGCUGUGCCUUGCAUUUGGUACCUGAGCAUAUCGAUUGCUGUGCAAGAGAAACAGCCAUUCAUAAACUACUGCUUGAACAUUUAACCUGAUAUCCCUCCCCCAUUCUUGACAAAAAUAAACAAAGCUAAGCUUUUAACGUGUUUCAGCAGAACCCUAAUCCAUAAUGGUUUAAAGAGAGCUCAACCGAUCACGACUGCAAAGAUAAACUGUUGAGCAGAUUAAAGGCAGAAAGCAAUUCUGUUCAGCUAAAUCAGUUAUGUAAGUUGGCCUACAACUGCAGCAUAUCCUCAGAAAUUAUGGGAAAGUUCCCUUUCUGCUGCUGUCCAUGUUCUCCAGGCUGUGCAGUAAAGCUGCUGACGUGGUGCGUGGGGUUUGGUGGCUCUGUUAGCACAUGUGUGCUUGUCUUUGGGGUUUGGUGGCUCUGUUAGAACGUGUGUGCCUGUGUUUGUGUGUGCACAUGUUUGUGUGUGCUGGGUUCACCACCCAGCAGCACAGCAAAGCACAGCUACUGACAGACCCCAGAAGAAAGGAUGGGGACUUACAACCACAAGGUUCUCCCUAACUUCCUUCAAGGUGGCCCUCAUUCACUGACAAGGGGGAUCCCUAAGCUUCUCCAGGGAUAAUUCCAGCCCCAAACUUGAUUGGUCUUUCCAGACAGAACUUAUUUUAAAGUAAUGUAACAUCUAAACAGGACUAAAAAGGAACAAAGUCAUGUUUCAGUACUACAAAUAGAUAUGGAAUGGAAAUAUCAAUGUGUCUUCCUGGAGUUUGAAACAAGGCUGAUGCCUUUUUGCCUACAAAGCCCAAUUCAAACCCCUUGAAAUAAACCAUUGACUUUG